AUGUACUCUUCAUAUUCUCUAUCCAAAUGCCUCGUUUCUUUCCAUAUCUUGGCCAUACAACUCUUCAUACCUAGCGUUGCAUCACUGAAUCUUACAAAUGUGUACCUUCACCACAAAUGCCGGGUUGGUCAAGGUAAAUACCACCCGGGAAGUAGAUACGAGAAAGACUUCGACUCUCUCACCAGUUUCGUCGCUGCUAAUAAGUUUAUAGAUGGGUUCGUACACAGCUCUAAUAGUGACGGUCCCAAUUCCACUACCAUCAUAUUCCAGUGUCGUGGUGACUCUUACAAGUCUAACUGUCGAACCUGCUAUGACACCGCUCUGGCCGGGUUUCGUAAGAGAUGUCCAAGAAACAAAGGUGGAAUAAUAUGGUACGACCAAUGUUUUCUCGAUGUUAGUAUGAUCAAUGACCUAGCCCCAAGGAAGAUCAAUUACAAGGAUACUUUUGCUAUGCACAACCCAAACAAUGUGAGGGGGGAUACAAAGAUGUUCAGCAAGAAGACAAAUGAUUUCCUCCAACAGCUGAUUGUGAAAGCUGAUAAACCCGACAUGGACGGCGUCGAGUUGUUAUAUUAUGCGGCGGGAGAGAUGAGAAUCGGGAGGGAAAAACUGCAUGCGAUGGUGCAGUGUGCGAAAGACCUAGCGGACUGUAAGUCUUGUUUGGAAUGGAGUUUCAAGGAGCUUUCUAAGUGCUGCGACGGUAAACGAGGAGCGAGAUUUUUGGGUACAAGCUGUAAUCUUAGGUAUGAGCUAUAUCCUUUUCUUAGGACUUGAAGACUCUUUUGUUAAUGCGGCAGGACACAAGUUUUCAAUUUUUUUGUUUUUUUUACUUUCUAAUUCUCUUAUUUUU